CUUCUGGUUGCUGAAGACUAGAUUGGCGCCAACACUUGCCCGACUCCAAUUGCUCACCAACUGUCAUAAAGACAGGCCGUACUUUUAUUAUUCUCUCUCGUGCUUAGUCGCCACCUACAGCUUUCAGUUCAGUUCUUACUUCAAAGUAUUACAAGAUGAGUUCAAUAAGGAAUAAGACUGUCUUGUCAGCUAUCCUGCCUGCUGCGCUUGUGUUUGUCUUCACCUACCUGAUACCUAGUGGGGAAAGCGUGCACUGCUGGGUGUGUUCGUCGGACGUGGACCCGCGCUGUGGCGACCCCUUCAACAUGACGCACUUCGCCAUCACUGACUGCAACCGCGACCGAAUGGCCUCCUCUUAUCUCGGAUCAGUCGGCACUUGCAAGAAGCUCAAGCAAAUCGUUGGAAACGAAGUGACCGUGAUCCGUAGCUGUCACUGGGAUACGGACCGUAGUCCGUCCGACUCGUGUCAGACGACGUCCUAUGCCAAGGUGGAACACUGCAGCACAUGCAGCACAGACACGUGCAAUGCAGCCGUCCGUCUGUCGUCCGUAUCAGUUGCUGCAGCUCUAUUCGGCUGCAUUGCAAUUGCCUCCUCGUCCUUCUUGCAAUAAUCAUCCGCAGUGAGGCAACUGAGUUCCGGAACAGAAAGGGAUCUCCUAUUUAAUACCUACUAUUCCUUUAUCACAGAGUAAAAAGCUAGUGUAGUUUUAUGCAUAAUCUGUCAAUUGCCUAGCGGACUGCGGUGACUUAGAUAAGCAGGCGCUAUCUAUCUUUGACCGCCGGUUCUGUCGUGGGUUCGAAUCCCUCCGAAAAUUUUUAGAUUACUCCUCACCAUCUCUCCAUCACAAUACUCCCAGCAACUAGAUACUUCAACAAGUUAAAUAAAAAGAUCAAGGAAUUGUCAAAAACUACAGAUUUUAUUGAUAGUUAGAAAGACCGGUUUCGGUUGUUACACCAUUGUCAAUCUCUGAUGAACUCAGGGAAUAAUUUUUAUUUAAUAUGAAUAAUUACCACAAUAUCAACUUCUCAACUACACGAAAAAUUUAACAUCAAGUAUCAACAAAAAAUAAUACAUCAAAAAAUGGACUGGAGUUGGUUAUUUAUAAAUACCUGUUAUAAGUAGGCCUACGAUCAUAGAAUAUUAGUAAACUAACUAUAGUAUUCUUAAUUUUAAUAGUUGGAACAGGAUCCCCCAUCACUAAGCUAUUCCAGUGAUGGAUUUUUACUCCAAAAAAUUCCCAACACAUAUUUUUAGGACGGAAAAUAUUGAGAAACCUCAACUAUUAUUAAAAUUGGUUAACUAUUAAUUAUCAUUUUUAUUUUUUGAUUUGAAUGAAAAACUUUGUUGAUGACUGAGAAAUCAUUCUAAAAGAAAAUUAUCAUAAUCUUAUGAGUAAAGAAAAUUGGAUGCAUUUUACUUUCUUUACUAUAAAUUAUCAUAAAAAUAGAUAAAUAUCAUAAAACAGCACAAGUGAAGAAAUAUCUUAGUGAAUAAUCAUUUUUAAUUGUACGCUUGUGAUUUAUGCUCUUGAUUUCAUUGAGAGAUUUGCUGUUAUUUACCUAGCUGCUAUUGAAUAAUACAAUUAUUUACAUUAAGUGGCCACUAAUGCUUUCAACGUGAGUGUGAACUUUCAAGAACUAUUAUUAAUCUAAUUUUAGAAAAAAAAAAUUU